UCUCGGAGCUCAUUUAAGCCCACACUCUCUCUUCAGUUUUCACACUUCGCCUCCAUUUUCUAAAACCGACGCCCUCAACCGGGACGAUCCACGGCCAACGUUCUCCGGGCUCAUUUCAGUGGCCAGAUUUCUCCCACGUCCAUCCUCAUGGAUGAAGAUUGGUGACAAAUGAAUGAUCAACAGGGAACACAUUCAACAAAAACUAUUAGUGAGGCUAGUGGGAGUGGUAGGAAGACCUGGCAACAGAAUGGUCUUGGUCGAGCAAGGCAUGGAACACUUCGUGGAGGUCCCUAUGCAUAAGACUAAAAAUAUUGUGAACUAAGUAAAUUAAAUGGAGGAUACCAAGAAACUUCUGCUGGUGGAUGGUGGCCCCAUAAAUGAAAAGUUGAAGCUAGCUACACAAAAUCUACAUUAUGUCAAUGUACUGCCAUCAGUUGGCUUGAAUGUCGAUAGCAUAUUGCUGCAAGACACAUUAGUGAUGUCCAGUGAUGCUGUUAACAGGAUUGUUGAGCGAAUGCAUACUCCAAUAAACCGCUGAAUGAGAAUUUCUCUUGAGUUUUUCUUUGAGUUUUCUCUUGAAAAAGGAUGCCUUUCAUUUUGCUCAAAGCAGCUGAGAAAAAAAAAAAGAAAAGAGAGAGAAUCCCAAAAAUUUGCAUGUUGCCUCAUGAUAAAAUUUUCAAAUGCAUCGCUGGAUGUAUAUUUCAUUUGUAUCAACAUUCCACAUUCGGCUAUGAUUUUUGCAGUUCAAAUUUGGUGAGCCAGAGAACUGAGUUUGUUACUUUAUUCUAUUUAUGGUAGUAAUAGGUUUUUUUGCCCUUAAAAAAAAGAUUUGCGGCAUUGCAUUCCUGACACACGAAUUUUUAUUCCACUAGAAAGAUGGUACUGGUGACUCUGAAUUGCUUGGACAUAGAUUUCUUUAUCGUACUAGCAAUGCAUAACCUAUGCCAAUGAAAGGUCAAAAAUAGUUCUGGGGGUUUGGUCCUUGUGUUCAAAUCAUCAUUAUGUUCAAGCCCACUAGCCACUCUGAAGGGGUAACUUGAUGUAGAAUCAUUCAUGGCACCCGGUAUACGAAACUUUGUACUUUUAACUUUUCUGCUUUCUAAUACUAUAUUAUAUAAGCCGAUUAUGCACUUAGGCUUAUAAAUAAACUAUGCUAAAAUCUCACUCACACCAUUUCUAAGCCUCUUUUUCUUUCCAUGCCCAUUGACUGAAGCAGUGAAAUGUGACUGACUGUGACUGUGAGCAUCCCAAUUCCCAACAAGUGUGGGUCUCAACUCUUCUAUUACGGGAAAAAUGAAAAAUGGGUUAAGAAAUGGCCAAUGCAAACGGAUAUGGCCCUAUGGAGAACGUGGCAUCAUAUAAUUAGCCAGACGGAAAAGACAAGAAAGAGAUGAAAAUCUAGCAUGCUCUGAACGGGUUAAAUAAUUUACAUUAUUGUUAUUAGUAGAUGUUUUUUAAUAAAAAUAAAAAUGAAAUCACUGUCCAGAGAGUACUUUCUUGUCUGAGUUGUCGCUACUCUCUCUCUCCCAUGACGGGAUCUUAGGCACUGAUCUUGACCGGAGCUCAAAACCCUAGCUUCCAUGGCAAAAACAAGACCUGGGCUCUCUCCUGCCAGGCCCAAACCAGGAAAGAAGGACCUCGACUCUUACACCAUCAGAGGCACCAACAAAGUUGUCAGAGUUGGGGAUUGUGUUCUAAUGCGUCCUUCCGACACUGGUAAGCCCCCCUAUGUGGCACGAAUUGAGAAAAUUGAAGCGGAUAGCAGGAAUAAUGUGAAGGUUCGAGUGCGAUGGUAUUAUCGUCCAGAGGAGUCACUUGGAGGAAGGAGGCAGUUCCAUGGAGCAAAGGAGCUCUUUUUAUCUGACCACUAUGAUGUGCAGAGUGCUCACACCAUUGAGGGGAAGUGCAUUGUUCAUUCUUUCAAGAACUACACCAAGCUGGAGAAUGUUGGGGCUGAGGAUUACUAUUGUAGAUUUGAGUAUAAAGCUGCUACUGGAGCCUUUACACCUGACCGAGUUGCCGUGUACUGCAAAUGUGAGAUGCCAUACAACCCUGAUGAUCUCAUGGUGCAAUGUGAGGGCUGCAAGGACUGGUAUCAUCCUGCUUGUGUGGGCAUGACAAUUGAAGAAGCAAAAAAGUUGGUUCACUUUCUGUGUUCUGAAUGUUCUGAGGAUGGUGUCAAAAGAUUACAGAAUGGAUUUCAUGCAUCACCAGUAUCUGAUGCAAAGGUGGAGCCUAAACGACGGAAGAGAUAAGUAAACCAUGGGUAAAUUUUGUUGCAUGAGAGGAGAAGACUCUUUAUGCAUAUUUAGCUUCUUGUGUGAGUUGUAUAGUGCAGAG